AUGGCACUUGACAGGAUUUAUGGACUGGAGAGUGCUGUUGAUGAUGUUUACCCUGGAGUUGAGCACAGAGAGUGCAUGAGACAUUUAGCUCAAAAUUUCAGCAAGAAAUUCAAAGGGAAGUUUUAUGAUGACAAUCUAUGGCCUUGCUCACUAACUUACAACAUCAAGAAGCAUAAGUAUCAUCUGAACCCGCUGAAAAGCAGGCCCAAAGUAAAGGAUUAUCUUGAGGAGCACCACACAAAAAUCUGGGCUAGAGCAGAUUUCACUGAGUUGAGCAAGGUUGACUAUGUUAACAACAAUCUUGCCAAAUCAUUCAACUCCAGAAUCAAGAAAUACAAGGGCCUACACCUGGUGGAUCUGCUAGACAAGAUCAGGCGGUACAUUAUGGAGAUGUUUGACUUAAGAAAAAGAAUUUGCAUUGACCAUUUCAUUGGGCACUACAUAGUACCAGCAGCAAUGAAGGCAUUAAUGGAGAAAACUAAAGGUUUGGAGAUGAGCAUAGUUAGGAGAAGCCCGACAGAGGCUGAGGUAACUGCAACUGACAGAGAGAAGAGAGAAUGGAGGUACCCUGUGGACUUGAAAAAAUGGACUUGCAGUUGCAGACAAUGGCAGAUCACUAGUAAGCCAUGCAUCCAUGCCCUUUUCUUUAUCGCUACUCUAAGAGGUGAAGCUAGUGCAAUUGACAAGUAUAUCCAUAAGUACUACUCUGUUGAGAUGUUCAGAGCAACUUAUGCUAAAAACGUACCUGCUUUUGAAGGCAAGCAACAGUGGGACACUGUAGAUCUUGGAUUCAAAUUAUGUUCUCCUGUUCAGAAGCAAGCACCAGACAGGACAAGAAAACAGAGGAUUAGAGCUAGCAGUGAAGGAAAGGGCCUUGGGCCUAGGAAGAAGAAGUGCAAGAGUGUGGAAGAUAUGGACACCAAGCCAAGGAUUGCACACAAUCUGUUGAUCCAACCUUUGGAGAAGAAGAACGUUGGGGUGCACAAAAUGCAGAUGAUCAUCCUACAGCUAAUGAGCCAGCAAUAG